AUGACUGGACUGAGUAAUGAGCCUUGUUUCCAACCGAAUCAGAUUGUGUUCAUGGGUGACUCUGCUGGCGGAGGGUUGGCAUUGAGUCUCAGUCUGUUGUUGCGGGACUAUGGAGAGUUACCACAACCACUCACAAUUGCGACGUGGUCCCCUUGGCUAGACCUAACUCAGUCACUACCUUCCUUCAAAGAGAACGCUUUGACGGACUGUAUCCCUUAUGAAAACUUCACACAUAUCCACUCGGUGGCAGUUGAUAAGAUGUUUGAAUUCGAAGAGCAGAAAGACUGCCAUGAUAAUAAUGAAUACAACAGUGAUGAAGAGCACGGACUUGAAAGGGGUCAAGAUAAUGACGACGAUGACGAUGACGAUUGGGAACUUGUAACGGCCGAUGAGCCAUUGGUCAGGCAGCGAGCUCAAGUCUAUUGCCCAGACUCGUGCUUGCGCUUAAAGUAUGUCAGUCCAUUGUUCGAGACUAAUUUUAAGGGCAUCCCCAGUAUCUUCAUCACUUGCGGAUCAGCAGAGAGAUUUGUAAACGAGUGUAUAUUGAUGGCUUCUCGUUUAGAGCAGCAACAGCAACCAUGCAGGAUUGAUAUCCAUGAAGACAUGCCUCAUAUUUUCCCAUUAUUUCGUUUUCACCCAAGUGCCAUUGCGGCUCUAGACCGGACCAGCGCUUAUAUUCGCGAGGCUGUGAAAAAUGGAUCCAGUGCAAUGGCAAACAAUAUUAGUGGCGUAGGCACCGACCAUGGGGACGUUAUUAUACCCAUCUCUUCAACCCCCUCUUCACUUUCAUCCUCUUCCGCCAAUUCACCUUUACUCUCACCUAAACAGCAUAGGCAACAGCGACAGCAGUCAAUGAAUCAGCAGGUUUCUGUUCUUCUGCAGUCGACCAACAAUAACAAAUCCAAUACCAUCUCGCCAUUGGGAGUGCCGAUUGUUGAAAGCGAUUACGAUCUUCAGGAUAAACGACAUGAGCCUUUACAUUCAUCCGCUAUGGAUAGGGUGGCCUCUCUAUCUUCAUCCUUGGAUAUAUCGGAAGAGCUGCUCUCACCCACAUCUACUGCAAGAACCAAUCACCAGGGACUAUUUGGGUCAAGCACUAGCAGAGUUGGCAUUAACAACAAAGUGAUUAAUAGGUCCUCAAGUCCGAGGAUCCUUAAUGCUGACGAUGGAUCAGUAUCAUCAUCAUCUCCUUCAAGGCCACCAUCGCCAGGAAGGGUGGAACGCCCCAAUCAGGGCAUGACUUCUUCCAGAAAGAAGACAAUAGUCAAUGUGAUCAAUCUGUCUGGCGUCAGUAUCAUGAGUUAUCAUAAACAAGUCCCAUCACAAAGUCAUCAGCCUCUCCAACAACUCCAGCGUCGUCAGAGACUGACUUUAAAGGAUGUGGUCACUGAUGCGACAUUGUAUGAGUGGGAAGUCCUGCUCCAACAAGGGACCAUUCCAACGCGGCAUUGGCCAUUUCCACCUCCAAAGAAAGCAUAA